AUGUCAGCAAACGGUUUUAAAGCAGUGAGCGAAAACUUUAGCCACAACGUGCAACAGAAUCCGUAUGGCCCCAACCCAGCAGACUUUUUGUCCAAUGUUAGUAAUUUCCAGUUGAUUGAAAGUACGUUACGAGAAGGUGAGCAAUUUGCCAACGCUUUCUUUGAUACUGAGACUAAAAUCAAGAUUGCUAAAGCUUUGGAUGAUUUUGGUGUUGACUAUAUUGAAUUAACUUCGCCUGUUGCUUCUGAACAAAGUAGAAAAGAUUGUGAGGCCAUCUGUAAAUUGGGCUUGAAAGCCAAGAUCUUGACCCACAUUAGAUGUCAUAUGGAUGAUGCUAGAGUCGCCGUGGAGACCGGUGUUGAUGGUGUUGAUGUUGUCAUUGGUACAUCACAAUUCUUGAGACAAUAUAGUCACGGUAAAGAUAUGAACUAUAUCGCACAAAGCGCUAUUGAGGUUAUUGAAUUUGUCAAGUCAAAAGGUAUUGAAAUUCGUUUUUCAUCUGAAGACAGUUUCAGAUCUGAUUUGGUGGAUCUUUUGAACAUCUACCGUACUGUGGACAAAAUCGGAGUCAACAGAGUUGGUAUUGCCGAUACCGUUGGUUGUGCUAAUCCAAGACAAGUUUACGAAUUGGUGCGUACUUUGAAAUCGGUUGUCAAUUGUGAUAUUGAAUGUCAUUUCCACAAUGACACUGGGUGUGCCAUUGCCAACGCAUACACUGCAUUGGAGGGUGGUGCAAGGUUGAUUGAUGUUAGUGUGUUGGGAAUUGGUGAAAGGAAUGGUAUUACACCUUUGGGAGGUCUUAUGGCUAGAAUGAUUGCUGCUGAUCGUGACUAUGUUCUUUCCAAAUACAAAGUGCACAAGAUUAGGGAUUUGGAAAACUUGAUUGCUGAGGCCGUCCAGGUUAAUAUUCCAUUUAACAACCCCAUUACAGGUUUCUGUGCAUUCACCCACAAGGCGGGUAUUCACGCCAAGGCUAUUUUGGCCAACCCCUCGACAUAUGAGAUUUUGAGCCCUAGUGACUUUGGUCUCACAAGGUAUAUUCAUUUCGCCAAUAGAUUAACUGGAUGGAAUGCCAUCAAGUCGAGAGUUGAUCAAUUGAAUUUGCACUUGACUGAUGCUCAGUGUAAGGAGGUUACCGAGAAAAUCAAGAAAUUGGGUGAUGUGAGACAAUUAAACAUUGAUGAUGUUGAUUCCAUCAUUAAGGAAUUUCAUUCGGAUUUGACCACACCAUUGGUUAAGCCAACAAGUUCUGGCUUGCCAAAAGUGCCACACGUUCUAGAAGGUUUGGAUGAAUCAGAGGAGAAAAGAGCCAAACUAGAUUAG